GCCAAAGGAAGGCGGAUGUGGUGACAUGCGAAUAUGGUACGCCAAUAAUGGAGCGGAAGAAUUAACAAAAUUGAACCUAAUGACUUUAGCUGCUGUGAAUGUCAAACUUAACGAAGCUUGAUCGCGCCUAUUACUUGAAAAAGUGACCUUAUUUAUUAGAGUAGCGGGCUCUAUGUGAAUUCAUUGUAAAUCUUGGAUAUUGUGUACUUAUAUAUCUAUGGUAAUGUUAAAUAUAGGAAACGAGUUACAGUAUCUGCUGAGUGAAACAACUUAGGGUGUUGUUAACUGAGAAAAUCCGAUAAGUGUUUAACCAUUCCGCGAAACUAAGCAAUUAGUGCGUGAAUAGCAGUACUGAACGGAUAUUGAGAAAUCGGAAAAUUUGAAAUUGGAAUGUUUGUAAAAUAACAUAGUGCACGACCAUUAUGCAGUUAUAACAAGUUCCCUAGCGGCAAUUUUUGUGUUACCACUCGUCGGAUUACUUUUCCUGCUGACUAAAUUACUGUUCCUGAUAAGCAGGUUAAUACAUCCUAGGCCAAGCAAUGCGUCGUUCCGGAGUAAUCUUUUUCCUUCAGGUGGCCGUGCUUAUGGCAGCAAGCACUUGCAAUCCUAUUUUUGUUCGAUGGGAUGAAUUCGCGCUUUGCCUUCGGCGUCGGUUGAAGCGCAACUUCUCGCCUAACGUCGUUUGCGCCACACGUAAAAUGGCAUCAAACUUUCGUCGUACCAUCCGUUGUCCUAGCUGUGAGCUCUUCUUCCACUGUCAGGCCAACUACGAGGCAGUUUUUCAUUGCUCGCAGGCUUCCGAAGCACUGCAGACAGCUGAGGUAUUCUCUGAUUGCCGCGAGUUUGCACAGUUCGGAGGCCCCGCAUCAGGCGUAAGUGCCCGGCAGGAGGCAAAUCUCGUAGGUCGUAGAGGCGGAGACUGUGUGGAAGAGUAUCUUACAAAAGCGCCGAACUUCAGUUUAAUGGCGUUGUUUGGUUUAGGCAUUAGUGGGCGAUGCCAGUGGAAUCCUUUUUUAGAAACAUGUGCGAGUAAUGCAGGCGAGGUAAUCGCCAGUGCUGACUACCCACCUCUACCAACUUCAACACUGCGCCCUGAAACGUUUCACCGUCCAACGUAUAUGCAUCAUAAAUAUUCCCAAAUGGGAUCCUCCGAAGCUAAUAAUAAACUUUUCAGCCUGACAAGUCUGAUCAAUUUUACACAACCUUUACUUAGUGGGCUUGGACAAAAACCCCCACAAAAAAGUCCAGGUAUCAUAGAAACACUGCAAGCUCUACAUGCCAUCAAAGACAAACUACCAGUCUUCAAUACAGGUAGCAGUUCCCACUCAACUGCACCGCAUGCCGAGACUAACGAUAUCAUUCAUGCAGCUUCAUACCAGAACGAACCGCACACGGCCUUUCCAGUGAAUGAUUCUGGAAAACCCUACAACCCGUUAGUGUUCACAGUUCAACCUUUAAUGCAAUCCACUCCAAUAACAAAUUCCCUUGAUGCACCUGGAGUAGCCGAUAACAACUCUAACAACGUAACUAGUACAUCUUUAGAGCCUAAUGAUCCAUGGUUGAGCGGUAUAGCGUUAGCUCUUGGUUCAUUUUUUGGAAAACCGCCGGUUUUGCCUGGAAAUGCAAAGCAUUUCUCGAAUCCGGAAGCACAAAUCCAAGUUGCCUAUCAUCAACGACCUGAGCCAGUACCAAUUCCGCUAAACCCUGUGUCAGCCGUGGGACACACCCCGCCCGCAACACUAUCCGGCGGAUCUGCGAACAAGUGUCGAUAGAGGAAGGAACAGACGUCACUGAAGCAGGGAACGCUGAUCGGUAGAUUGCUUCGCCGAAACAAAGGUACCCAGUGCAAAGCUGCCGAAAUGUUUCAUGUUUGUCAGCAUUAAGUCCCCAACGUUGUUAGGAACCUGAGGAAAAAUUUUCCGCUGUCGUCACAUAAAGUCGGUGUGGAUAGAAUCGGUCGAAGCGAGAGAAUAUUUUGCGAACUACAGAAGGGUAGGUUCGUUUUGUAAAACAUCUUCCAGAGCAGACUAACCAAAGAUUGACUUGCUGUGUCAAAUAUUACAAUUCAUCAACGAUUCAAAGGGGCGACAUUUGGGGACGAUAUGCCUUCUAAGAAAUCUCAGUGGAAUGCUUGAAUGAAACGAGCCCGUCCUCAUCGGGCAAACCGAAUCAAAAAUCGAACCGUUCAUAACUGGGGAAAAGGCUGUCUCUCAGACGAAUCUCAUUUUGAAAUUCUGGGAGAAAACGCUUAUCAUAGUUUCGCAUGUAUCGGCAAACAUCCAUUAAAAGUUGCGGCAUUGUCUAUAACUUCUGGCAAAGGCACUGGGAUGAUACAUCACUCAUAGGUAGAACUCAUAGAAAACUGUAUUAGAGGCACGUCUCAAAGGGCGGCGGUAGCUACCGCCACAAACGACGGUGUUAUAGAAAACUGACGCUCGCAGCUAUGUUACAUCGCUCAGUUCAAACAUGUUUGCCAUGUGGCAUAGCAGCGUAAAGAAGAACCAUGACGCGUCGACAGACCAAAAAAAAAGUUUCAAAAUAGUCUGGUUUAGCGAUGUGUAGUUGGCCUUCAAAUCUGAAUUUAUUUAAAUCUAUUUAAUUGAGCACCGACUGUACAUACACAGGACUAGUUAUUUUUUUACUACUAUGUAAGGUAUACAAGAAGGUUAACGAUAGCAUGAUUGCGCAUUUUUGUCCUUUUGUUUGAAUGUACGAUUUCGUAAUAAAUAGUACGCAAUUAUUCCAUGAAGCAUACGCAGUUAAGGUUUUUCUGCAAGAGAUUCCGUAUAAACAAGGUAUCAAAGUAUGUUUUAUUGCAUUGUUCUAUGCAAAAUUAUUCAUUUAUUGAUUGUUAUUCCA